GAAAAAAAAAGAAUAGAAAAUCUGGUGUUGCUUUUAAUACCACUAGGAAAUAUCUACUACAUAGCGUAGACUUUGUUAACUCAAGCACUUCAGUCAGUAAACACAAAACUAUAACUGAUUACAAAAACUACCGUAUUGUGGAUGACAGCCAUGUUUGUUUUUAAUUUACGAUUAAUUGGUUAAAAGUAGAACCGCUCUGACUUCCCAGCCGCCACAAAAGCAGCAACGUUUGUGUUUGACAGGUGGUAUAAAUGAGCCUAAUUAGCACCCGUCUCCUCGGCUGACUUGUGUUUUUACAAGCGAAUGUUAUAGUAAUCAUUGUUUUUAAUACCACUUGGUGAUUUUUUAACAUGAAGGGUUUGGACAGUAAUGUAAUUCGCUUUCACCUUCAAGUCAGUCAUGGAAUAAAUGUGAAAAGCGUCGAGAGAAAAAAUGACAGACUCUUCCUUGGGGGUGCAAAGGUUUUUGGUGUUCCUCUGGAGAAUUUGUCAAGGUGCUUGAUUCCUGAAUUUGGCCUUGUGCCCUGCUUUCUGGUGGAUGCUUGUACAUUUCUUCUGGAGCGUGCUGGGACAGUGGGUAUCUUCAGAAAACCAGGCUCUCUUCCUCGCAUCAAGACCCUGAGGGCCAAGCUGAAUCGUGGAGAGGCAUGUCUAUCCACAGCUAUCCCCUACGAUGUGGCCACCCUCAUCAAGCAGUUCUCCAGGGAACUACCAGAACCGUUGUUUCCCUCAGCGAUCCAAGAAGCCAUGCUCAAAGCACAGAUGCUGCCAUCUCUGCAGGACAGAACCUCUGCCCUCCAAAUGCUGUCCUGCUUACUGCCUGCCAGAAACUCCUCCUGUUUACAUUACUUGUUUGAGUUCCUGGCCAGGGUAUCCCACAGAUGUGAAGAAAACCUGAUGACCAGCUCCAAUCUGGCCACCGUCUUUGCUCCCUGUCUUUUACCACCCCCCAACAUGGAUGAGAUGUCUGAAGGGCGCUUUGAACUCCGAAUUCUCAUCCUGCGCACCUUCAUCGAAAAGCCCCAAUCAUUUGGUGCCAUUCCUAAAGUUGUCAUGGACAGUAUGGAGUUCCUGAUGAGCUUCAAGACAACAAGCUCAAAGAAAAGCACUGGAAAGAGUCACAGUUUGAAAGCGAAGACUGUGCCCUGGUUUCAAGGAAGGUCAAAGGUCAGGACACCAAUCACUCAGCAGAAACAAGAGUCCAUCCUGCAAGAAAGACCGAUCCUCAGGAGGAGUCUUGGUCUGGGGACUUUCCCCAACGUGGUCCUCUAUAGGGCCUGCAUGCCUUGUGCAGAACAUAAUUCAUCGCUUGCAGUUUCCAUCUCGGAUGCCUUGAGUCUUGGUACAGAUUCUACAUUACAGAAAAUGAAAAAUCUGGUUAGAGGACAGGAUGUGGUCUCCUCCACAUCCUCCCCUGCACUUCAUCUUGCACCAUGGAGGAGGCGCUCAUCUCCAUAAGAAAUCACUAUUUAAUAUUUUAUUCAAAUUGUGUGUUGUAAACUGUCUGUGUGAUGCCAUUGUAUCAUUCAUGCCUAAUAAAGGUUUUGUUGUGUUUCUCUAAAAUCCAA